AUGGCAGCAACACUAGCAUCUGUAGAUCCGGAAUCCUCUUUCAUUGAUGCUCAGCUUGGAGCAGAAUGGUCCGUGCUCGAGUCGAGUUUCAAAUGGCACGCAUCGUGUCGCGAUACCCAUCCGUCCGUGGAUGCAUUGAUUGCACUGAUGGAAGAAGAGAAGAUCAAAUUCGACGAUAUCGAGUCAACCACGGCGUACACCUACAAGGCAGCGAUUAAAGUCUUGAGCCUGAGCGCCUCGGCGGAGACCGUCUAUCAAAGCAAGUUCUCCACGGAGUUUGUUCUGGCUGUCGCCGCAAAGAACGGCCCAGCUAAGAUAAGAAAUUUCACCGAGGAUGCACUCUCAGACUCCGAGCUACGGACCAUGUGGAAGAGAGUUACCAUGGUCCUAGACCCGAAAACUGACGCAGUGUUCCCUGCCAAAUGGCUGGGGAGGGUGACUGUCUCCACAAAAGAAGGGCGCACAGUGAACAAGAAUGUGGAUGUAGUCAAAGGAGAUCCGGGCUGGACCUUGACAAAGAGUGAGAUUGAAGGCAAGGCAUUUUCGCUUGUCCGAUAUGGCCAUGUUCAGGACUUAGGUCUCUUUGAGGCCACCAUACAGAUAAUUUGGAACUUAGAAGCAGAUAAAGAGACCAGAGGGUUUGUAUUCUCAUGA